AGCCUCUGGGUCAGCACGGGGGCGUGGGCGCGGCAUACGCCCUUUGCCCGCGGCCGCCACCUCAUGGCGGGGGCUCACGAGAGCGGCGCUUCGGUGCCAGAGUCCCCGGUGCCGCGGACGCCCCCGAGCCACCUUCGCCCCUCGAGCGCUUCCUCACCCGGUCUGGAGUGCCAGGGCAGGACCUGACGCGGCGACGAUCGCGCUGCUGAGGAGGCAGCAGGAUGCCUUCGAGCAGAGGGUGCUGGGCCAGCUGGAGCAGGCGCGCACGCACUCCGACCGGAUCCGGGAGGCGGCCCUGGCCCGCGUGGAGGAGAAGCUGGGAUCGCUCGAGGGCGUGCAGGCCAGGGCGAGCCGGGGGCUGGCGGAGCUGAACGGGAAGCUGGUUUGCGGAUAUCCGACGAGAUGCAGGCGCAGAUUCGUCACGCGGAUGCGGUCGAGGAACGUUUCAGCGAGUCGCGCCGGGCGCUUGAGGACAGCUUCAGGAGCAGGCACUCGGAGCUGGAGCAGGACAUCAAGGCGGUGGCCAAGGACAUCUCCGAGUGCCACGACUCGCUGGAGAGGCACCACCAGAGCCAGCAGCAGAAGCAGCAGAAAGUCAGCGACGAACUCUGUGCGAACAGGCGCGCUGGCGAGAUUCUCUCGGGGCGGUUGGAGGACCUCGAGGCGAAACUAUGCGAGGUUGCGCAGGCCAAAAUCGACGAGAUCGAGCAGGCGACGUCCGUCCUCGCCGCCGAUGCCCCUGUGGCCAGCGGCUGGCUGACGACCCCGACGGCCGUCGCAGGGGAGCCUGCCAGCGCCGCGCACCUCUGCAUCUUGGAGCGGCGCGUGUCCGACUUGGCCGCGAGGCUCGACGAGGUGCUGCAGGACUCCAGCGAGCUGCACUCGCGGCUGGCCUUGCAGGAGCAGCAGCUGAGCGCCGCCAGUCGCAAGGUUGAGAGCCGGGAGGAGGCCUGGCACGAGCUGAAGGAGCGCGUGGAGCGCGGCGACUGGGACGGCAGGAUCGUACAGCUGAGGCGCAGCCUGCAGGAGGAGGCCCGCCAGGCCGCCUUCAACGCGGAGCAAGUGACCCGCCUGACGAGGAGGCUGGAGGGCGUCGAGCAGGUGCAGGAGCAGCUUGAGGCGCGGCUGGUGCCAGCCCGGGCGCGGGCGGGCGACGAGGACAGGACCGCUAGCGCCGAGGAGCUGCCGCUGCAGGUGCAGGAGCUCCGAGACGCCCUCGCCGCCCUGCGCGCGAAGAGCGACCUCGCGGAGUGCGCUCAGGAGCAGCUCCGGGCGAGGGUCGACGCGGCCCCUCGAGGGGACGGCCGCGGCGACCUCGCCGAGCAGCUGAGGGAGGCCGUGGCCAGCAUCGCGGACCAGGAGCAGAGGCUGAGCGUCAUGGAGCCCCGGGUGCAGGCGCUGCAGGCGAGCCUCCACGGCCUCGGCCCGCUGCGGCUUCCGGCGCCGGCCGAGGACCUCGAGCAGCUGGCCCGAGAGGUGCAGCGGCUGGCGGGGGCCGUCCAGUGCCUGCCCGAGGAGCAGGCGGCCGGCCAGUGGGCGAGCGGCCUCGCGGAGGCAGAGGCGCGGGCACUGGCGCUGUGCAAGGAGCUGGAGGUCAGGGUCGACGGCGUCGCCGCAGAGUUGGGCCAGGUCGUGCGGAGCCAGAGCGCGCGCUCGGCGGAGCUGCGGAGCGACCUCGAAGGCCUGCAGGCGGAGCUGGGCCGGCUGAAGGCCCAGGGCGUAGGAUCGGCAGACUUGCAAGGCAGCGUCGCGAGCCUGCAGGCAGAGCUUGACGACCUGAGAUCUCAGGGAGCCUCGUCAGCAGCGUUGCGCAGCGACGUUGUGCGUUUGUCAGAGGACUUCGUCCAGAUGGUGACGACUGGGGAGACUGCAUCACUGUCCGUGCGCGGCGCGAUCGAUCGUCUGCAGGCCGAGCUCGACAAGUUGGGUGCCGCAUCGUCUGCCUUGCAGGGCGACGUUGACAUGCUGCAGGCGGACAUUGGUCUGCUGAAGACGGGCCUGCCCAUGUCGUCGGCCGAGCUGCGAAGAGACGUGGAGACCCUGCAGUCGGCACUUCAGGAGCUGAAGACCGAGGUCGCGGCGGCCGCGGGCCUCGAGACUGAGCGGCAGCAGCGGCUCGCUUGUGAACGGGACGCUCUGGCCCUGGAGGAGGGCGUGGUCGAAUGUGUCGCUGAGCGCCAGGGCGCCCUGCCCCCGAGCAGCCCGCUGUCUGUGCAGUCCCCGGCCCUGGAGGGCGAGGCCGAAUGCCUAGCGGAGCGCCAGGGUGCGCGGUCUCCGGAGAGCCCUCUGUCUGUGCAGUGUGAGGCCUCCGAGCUGAGGGCACUCAGCUGCCUGGUCGCGGCUGCCGCCCCCUCCUGGGGGCGACGCCAGCCAUGCUCUGGGCGCAGACGAGCUCAGGAGCCAGCGUGCCGCCGAAUCCCUGCGCACUGCCCUGCGGGCUGCUGCCGCGACAGGGAGGCGGUCUCGGGCAGCCGAGUAGCCUCAGGCCGCCUGGAGGGCCAAGCGCCGCUGACGUAGCCUCGAGCCUGCUUCGGGUGGCGCAGAGCGACGAGGAUCAAGGAAGCUGAUGCUCCAGACAUGGCGAGACCCAUGGCGCCCUGGUCGAGUUGCCCGACAGAGUCUGCGCCAAGCUCAUUGCCGGGUUGAGGACUGUGUGGGGUGGAACUGCCCGACAGUCAGACCGUGUCGGAGCGGCCAGCGGCGGCGCCGGCGGGGAAGCGUCGACAGCGAGUCUCUCGUUUGCAACAAAAUUUGUGGGCAGUGGGCUGGCUGCAGUCCGAGCGCCGGGAGGCCCCUGUUCCUCUGUGCCCCUCCCCCGUGUCUCUGGCAGCCCUCGGCUGCGUGCGCUGCGGGAUGAUGGUGGACGCGGGCCGCAGCAGCAGUCUUCGCGAGGCGCCGGCACGUCGUUUUGAAGGCUCAGGCCGCCGUGUGUUGGCAGCGCCCCUACGAUUAAGUGGGGCGUGUCCCUCUACAGGAGGAAUAUUCAAAGAUAGUAAAACAUAGUCUGGGGACGAAUUUGUUACUAUUCUUGAUCGUGUUUGGAUUCUUUUUCUAGUAUUUUUCAUUUUUCGCUUACAAUCCGCCUGAAGGGGACAUGCCCGACCUAAGCCAAGUGGAAGGCGCGGGCCUUGCGCAGUGUCCCUCUCUGGGGAUCCUCUGCUGCCGUCCACGCCUGGGGUCUGGGGGAACCCUCGCAUUGCGCCUGCGCACUCUCGCCUGCUGCUCUUCUUCCUCCCUGUCUCUCUGGUGCAACAGGCGCCAGCGCCAAAUUGCCUGUGCACUGUGCCCUCGUGCGACGGGUCUCCAUACGCCAGGUGGUGCGGUCCCGCUGUCGCAUAAAACCGCCAACCAGGCCCUGGUCCAGCAGCUGUUACUCGGCUGGAAAUCUUCGAGGAAACGGUCCUGGUUUCCAAAUGCCUUCCGAUAUCUGGCCUGCGGCGGCGGAGCUGGGGACC